AUGUAAUAUAUUGAUUAAGGAACUGCUCUUUCAACUAAGAAUGCUACAGGAAGAAGACUUCAAAAAAAGAACUCUCUUUUUUAUUAAGUAAACAAUUUAUUAAUAUCAUAGUAAGCUGUAUUAGAAAAUGAAGAGUUUACAUAACGAUAUCAAAAGAAUAUAGAUGAGUUGCAAGUGUUUAAAGAUGAUCCUUAUCUUGAGCCUCAUAAAUAGCACUUUUAAGUAAGAAAUACAAAAUUCUUUGAAUUACUUGAAUAGAUUGUCAAAGUAGAGUCAUCUCUUAAAGAUUUUGCUAAGGGGUAAGAAGUUCUAUAAUUAUUAGAUAUGAAAAAUAUGGGUUUUUGAUUUCUGAUACUGGAAUUACAUAUAAAGAAUGGGCACCUGGAGCUAAAGAAGUUUAUUUAACAGGUGAUUUCAAUAAUUGGGAUAAAAUGUAAUAUUCUCUAACAUCUGAUUCUUUUGGAAAUUGGGAAAUAUUUUUACCAAGAAAUGAUGAUGGUUCAUAUAUUAUUCCACAUGGUUCAAGAGUAAAGACAUAUAUAAAGGAUGCUAAUAAUUAGUAUCUAUUUAGAAUUCCUGCUUGGAUUCGAACAACUUGGUAAAAUGAGUAAAACAAAGUAUAUAUAUAAUAAAUAUUAAGAUUUUUGACGGUGUAUUUUAUAAUCCUGAAGUUAAGUAUGAAUUCAAACACAACAGACCACCAAAACCUAGAUGUCUUAAAAUAUAUGAAGUACAUAUAGGAAUGGCUGGUAUUGAACCAAGAGUACAUACUUUUAAGGAAUUCACAUAAAUAGUAUUACCAAGAGUAGUUAAAUUAGGAUAUAAUGUGAUAUAAAUUAUGGCUAUUUAAGAACAUGCUUAUUAUGGAAGUUUUGGAUAUCAUGUUACAAAUUUCUUUGCAGUUAGCAGUAGAUUUGGUAGUCCUGAUGAUUUAAAAGAAUUGAUUGAUACAGCACAUUAAUAUGGAAUUACAGUUCUGAUGGAUUUAGUUCAUAGUCAUGCAUCUAGUAAUGUAUAAGAUGGAAUUAAUUAAUGGGAUGGCACUGAUUAUCAAUACUUUCAUGCUGGAAGUAAGGGUAAACAUGAAUUAUGGGAUUCUAAAUUAUUUGAUUAUUCUAAAUGGGAAGUUAUUAGAUUUCUAUUAUCAAAUUUAUCAUGGUGGAUUAAUGAAUAUCAAUUUGAUGGAUUUAGAUUUGAUGGUGUUACAUCUAUGUUGUAUGUUCAUCAUGGCAAUGGAUAUGGUUUCACUGGAGGAUAUCAUGAAUAUUUUAAUGAAUUAACUGAUCUUGAUUCUUUAGUUUAUUUGAUGUUGGCUAAUGAUCUUAUACAUGAAAUUAAUCCUAAUGCUAUCACUAUUGCAGAAGAUGUGUCUGGCUAUCCAACUUUAUGUCGUAACAUUAAAGAAGGGGGUAUAGGAUUUGAUUAUAGAAUGGCUAUGGCAGUCCCUGAUAAAUGGAUUAAACUCCUUAAAGAAUUCAAAGAUGAUGAUUGGGAUAUGGGAGAUAUCGCUUAUACACUUACUAAUAGACGAUAUUUAGAAAAGUGUGUAUGUUAUGCUGAAUCACAUGAUCAAGCUUUAGUUGGUGACAAGACUCUGUCUAUGUGGCUCUUUGAUAAGGAAAUUUAUAGUUAAAUGAGCACACUUUAACCAGAAACUUUAGUCACUUUUAGAGGGAUGGCUUUACAUAAAAUGUUGAGAUUAAUUACCUUUGCAUUAGGUGGAGAAGGAUACUUAAAUUUUAUGGGAAAUGAAUUUGGACAUCCUGAAUGGAUAGAUUUUCCAAGAGAAGGAAAUGGAUGGAGUUAUCAUCAUGCCAGAAGAAGAUGGGAUUUAGCAGAUGAUUAAUUAUUAAGGUAUUCCAGACUAUUAUAAUUUGAUGCUGAAAUGAUUAACCUUGAAGAAAAAUACCCUUGGUUACCUAGUGGUGAGUAGUAUGUUACAGAAAAACACAAUCAAAUGAAGGUUAUAAUUUUUGAAAGAGGAUCUCUUUUAUUUGUAUUUAACUUCCAUCCUACUGAAGUAUUUAUUUAUUUUUGAUUUUAUCUAUUAGUCAUAUGAACAUUUUAAAGUUGGAACUAAAUUUUAAUCAGAUCAUCAAAUAGUUUUAGAUACAGAUGAUGUUAGAUUUGGAGGACAUUCAAGAGUCUCUCCUUCUUAUGGUCAAAAUUUCCCAAUCAUCAAAGAAGAAUGGCAAGGUAGACCUAAUCAUAUUCAAAUCUAUUUACCAAAUAGAUCUGCUAUCGUCUUUAAAUCAAUUGAGUGAUAUUUGUUUUAAAAAGACAUAAAUAUAAC